AUGGUCGACAAUGUUGAUACAACAAGGGAUCAUGUGGUUUGUCAUGGGUUUAGGCCUCAAUAUCAUGUGUGGGUUUGGCACGGUGAAAAGGGAUCGUAUAGGGAGAAUGUUGUUGGGAAUGAUACGCACGAUAAAAGUGUCGAGAUUCGUGCGGAAGAUGAAUAUGGGACUGAUGAUGGUGGAGAUGGGGAUGAGGAUAGGGAUGAGAUCGAGGAUGGUGGUGGUGAUCACUUAGAUGAGAUGAUGCAUAAUGUUGAAGGUGAAUUUGGUGACCGAUGUGAUGUAUUUGAGUCAUUAUCAGAGGCUGCCAAAAAUCCUUUGUAUCCUGGGUCCAAAAAAUACACCAAACUCUCCGCUGUGUACAAGAAUAAAGGGCAUAAAGCAUAUCCUAUUUGUAUCGAUGACACACCAAACGUGUACCUUGAACACUACGGCAAAGAUGUGUACGUGAGGACCCGAAGAUUGCUUAGGCGCGAUCACCCAUAUCGUAGGCAGAAAAAGGCCUUCAAUGGGAAAGUGGAAGAGGGGGCUGCGCCUAGGCCAUUGAGUGGACAGGAGGUGUAUGGUCGAGUGAAGGGUAUACCAACUGUUUUUGAGAAGAAUGUUUGUGAUGCAGUUGUUGGGACAAUUAUGGGUAUUCAUGGAAAAACAAUGGAUGGAAAGAGCGCACGAUUAGAUUUGGAAGCGUGGGGGGGUUCGUCCGGAAUUGUGGGUCCAGUCAAAGGUAGGGAAGGCAAAGGUAAUGGAAAAGUCUUUAUGAGGUGGUGCUAUCCUUUUGAAAGACACAUGGGCACAUUGCAACACAAAGUCAGGAAUCCAGCCCAUCCAGAAGGUAGUAUGAUUCAAGGGAUUGUGGCGGAGGAGAUUGGUAAUUUCGUGGCAGAGUAUGUUGCCGUUGCCGAACCAAUUGGGCUUCCCACUUCCCGGCAUGAAGGGAGACUUGAUGGUCAUGACACACUCGGGUCGAAACGGUUCUUGCAAGCUCACCUAUUUGUGCUUCAUCAUGUUGCGGAGGUUCACCCAUAUUUAGAUGAGCACAUGGAUAGUUUGCGUGCCGAAUUUCCAUCAAAAAGGGAAAGGGUACUAAUGCAGUUGCAUAAUAAGAUGUUUGUGACGUGGUUCCAUGAUCGAGUUAUGCGUCAAUUGGAUAAGAGUGUCUCUGAUACUAUCAAAUGGCUAGCUUAUGGUCCAAAGGAAGAUGUUUAUUCUUUUGAGGGAUAUGACAUAAUGGGUAUACAUUCUGGACUGAGCAUCGUGAUCAGAAGUCCUCAUCGACUCAAAAUAGUGGUGUCACUCUUGUGGCUUCAUCAAGAGAGUUUGCAAGUGCAAAGGAUACAACACCGGUGCAACGUCAGACAUGAUGACUUCACUCUUGUAGACCUUGGCCACUUGCGGGAUAGUUUGGAAUUAUUCAUCCUUGCAUCUCAAGCUAAGCAAGUGUUCUAUGUAACCGACCUAGCCGAUCCAAAAUGGUCCAUUGUCCUUGCUAGCAAAAGAAGAAUUUUAGGGGUUGGAGAUGUUGAAGACGAGGAAGAAUAUGAUGCGUUUGAUGAUUCGCCCCCUUUCACUGCCCCUAGACUUGAUGUAGCAAAUGAUGUAGACAAGGAUGCAAAUUAUGUUCGAUCAGACCACAAUGAGGGAAUACUCGAAUGA